AUCGCCACGUUACUGUGAAUGGAAAUCGAUACUGCGACAUGAUAAACGAUUAUUUUUGGCCGCAAUUGAAUGGUAUGGACUUAGACGACAUGUGGUUUCAACAGGACGGGGCCACAAGCCACACAGCACACACUACAAUUGAUUUGUUGAAGAGUAAGUUCGAUGAGCGCAUUAUUUCCAGAAAUGGACCGGUCGAAUGGCCGCCGCGCUCGGGUGAUUUGACGCCUCUAGACUAUUUUCUUUGGGGUUAUGUGAAGUCAUUGGUCUACAGUAACAAGCCGGCGACGAUUUGUGAGCUCAGAGCCAAUAUUGAAUGCGAAAUUGCUGGAAUUUCGGCCGAUUUAUGCAAAAGAGUGGUCGAAAAUUGGGUUCAACGAUUGGACUUCGUAAAACGUGCACGCGGUGGUGAUAUUGGUAGCACCACGAAACGUCAUGGAGGUGGUCAUCAAAAAACUGCACCGUCACGUGAAAUGGUUCAAAAAGUGAGAAGCGACUUGAGAGAAAUCCUCGACAAAGUAUCAAUCAAAUGGCGAAAGAACUGA